AUGUCAUCUAAGGGAAGGCAGUUGUCUGUGCUGAUUGCGGGGGCAACGGGAAGUACCGGUAGUGAACUCGUUACUCGUCUCGUAUCACAUCCAGACGUGGCACGAGUUGUGGCACUUUCACGCAAACCAAUUCCCGUCAAUCGCUGGCGUAAAGAGUUUCCACAUAUUCACACUGGUGAUGCGUUGAGUUGUCUCUCUGUUAUUUCAGUAGAUUGGGAUAAAAUCGCCGCAGAUGCCUCUCGUCUACCGGCGUCUUAUUUACGUGAUGGACAGUGGGCGGGUGAGCCUAUAAGUGAAGUUCCAACGUGGCUUAACACGUGGAAAAAGAUUCGAACUUCCAUGGGCGUUCAUUUAGGCAAAACAGGCGAUGUGGGAAAUGUGGACUCGGAGAGGAAUGGGAAGAAGAAGAAAAUGAUGAUGAAAGGUGUAUCUACUUCUCACAGUAAUGAUAUUCAUGGGAAAAUGCUUAGUAACUUGAAUGGCAACAGUAAUAACAAGAACAAGAACAAGAAUGGUAGUAGUUCUAGUAGUGUAAAUAAUAACGAUACUAACACAAGUGGAGGUAUCAGUAGUAAUAGUGGUAUGAAUAGUACUACUAAUGGUAGUGUUACUGGGUAUGUAAAGGUAGUGGGUGAUCCAUCUGUGAGUGCGGAUGCACAGAAGGCCUUUCUCGAUGAAUUACUGCAGACAACAUUCUACAAAACUGUCUUUAGUGGUCAUCAUGUAGCUAUUAACUGUCUGGGUUCCCGGAAAUUCUUUACACGGGCUGCUGUAGAUGCUGUAGAUCAUCAAUAUGCUAUUGCAUUUGCCAAGAUGGUCCGUCUUUUCAAUUGUAUGGUCCAUGCAGAUCCAACUUGGGAAGAGGAGAUAUUAAUGGAGAAUCAUUGCAAGAAGUUGGAUAGUGUACAUUGGGGGGAAAUAUACGCCGCCUGUUGUGGUCGUCUCCCCCACGACUCUCCUCUACACACAGCCACCGAUAUAUGGAAUGAUAACAGUAAUAAUAAUAAUAAUAAUAAUAAUAAUAAUAAUAAUAAUAAUAAUAAUAAUAAUAAUAGUGGUCAUCAUCACAGUGCGGCAGUUCCACUUUGGCCUGAACAACCACCACAGCGAGGGGGUGAGGGCACACUGCAGCAAUUCACGCAAGUGAGUGUAAUGGGAAGUAGUAUGUGGAGUCCACUGCCGUACUUCCGUGCUCACGGGGAGUGUGAUGUGGAGUUGCUCAAACUCUUCAAUCGACACGACGGCGAGGGUGAAGAGGAAGGCGAUGGAGAUGAUAACAGGCGUAAACUCUCCUCAUAUGCGAAGAAGCAGAUAAAGAACAGUCAUCACAAUAGCGGUAAUAGUACUAGUGAUAGUGAUAAUGAUAAUAAUAAUAAUAACAAUAAUGAUGAUGAUGAGAUCCACAAUGAGGCGGAUGUACAACAGCGGGCGGACAUGCUGCUGCACAGCAAUGCUGUGCGGGUGUGGAAUAACACACAUGUUACCAUCUGGCGCCCGGGACUAUUGCAGCGUGAUCAUCAGCGACUGCUGGAAAGACUGUUUGGUCUAUUUUUCACGGAGGUGGAUGUACGAUACUUUGCGGAGGUGAUUGUGGAUGAUAUUCUCAGUUCUGUGGAGGACGAACGCGGGUUUGAUGAAGUCGGAUCUUUGAAGAUUGUGGGAGGAAACAGUGUAGCCGUGCGUGUGAGGAUGAAGCGGUUAGAGACAGAGUUAAACAGACGCGAUACCCGCACAUUGGGCACAUCCACCGAUAAUGAAGAGGAAAGCGAGGAACAGGGGGUAACAGGUAAAUAG